AUGGCGCCAAGAUUAGAUUCCAGUACCGCAACCUUCUACAAUAGUUUACAGCCGCAACAUCGCAGAUUGUACAAAAGCUAUGCGCAAGCCGUCGGAAAACUGUGCGCUCAACUAAACCGCAAAGAAUUCCUGAGAAGAUGUAGGAAAUAUGGAUUGAACCCAACACACAUCCAGAAUAGUUUUCGCUGCAUCAAUGGUCUUCUUGAAGACGCUAGCCCGUACAGAGGAAGUUUGCAAAAAGCAAUAGACCGCUUCAAGCGAACGAUCAUCAACAUCGAAAUCAAGGACAGUUUCUAUAAGAUCAAACAGUUAGAAGAAACUAAAGUGUCACUCGUAAGUCAGAUAACGCAGGCAACCCCUCCACACAUAUACAACUCAUUCUUUAUUGGUCAGGAAUGUUACUUUAACAAACAAGGUCGCGCACUCAAAGCAAAAACAGACAGUAAGUUUCAACGCCUAAUGGCGAAAGUGGAAGUUGAGUCGCCUCUCAACUUCACCGUAAACGAGUCGUGGAUACAGAACACCACUGAUGUGGAAGUUCCCAAAGAAACAAUGCUAUUACUAGGAUAUGGUCCUAAGUUUGCCUUGCCUUUCCAGGAUAAUCGAGAAAUUCCGUAUUUCAAGAUUAUCGCAGACUUAGAAUCUAUUUUAAAGCUUGAACCCGACGACACAGUGCAAGCGGCAAGUCGCAACCAGUUCACCAACAUAAUUCACAAUUACGUGAACAAACGAAAAAACGGUUGCUUCAAAUCAUCCACUGAUCCCGUCAAUCAUUUUUUGAUCGAAGCAUACCAUACGACCCAAAAGUUCAUCCGUGACAAUCCGGAAAUAUGUAUUGUGGCUGCCGACAAGGGUAACAAAACAGUAAUAAUGAAAAAAGAAGAAUACGAAAUGAAAAUGCAAACCCUUGUUGGCGACAGCGAUACGUAUGAAGGCAUUGACACGGACUGGACAAACAAAGUACAGACCAAAAAUAAUCAAAUGGUAAAUGCUCUAUACGAUCAGAAAAUGAUAGACCAGAAAACCAGGCAUCAAUUAAUAACACAUCACGCGACUUGCCCUAAAAUUUACGGUCUUCCAAAAAUACAUAAACCCAAUAGUCCGCUGAGGGUCAUCCUGUCGUGCAUUAAUUGCCCAACAUAUGAUCUCUCAAAGUAUUUAGCUGGUAUUCUCAGACUAUCGAUAAAUCAGAACAAAUACAAUGUCCUAAACUCUUACGAGUUUUGCUCAUUCAUAAACAACACAACGCUGCCCCCGAAUCAUGUGUUGGUUUCGUUCGAUGUCGUUAGUUUGUUUACUUGCAUCCCCAAAGACCUGGUCAUCCAAGCGGUGCGCAAUAACUGGAGUUCGAUAGAGAAAAACACAACCAUCAAAGAUGAAAAAACUUUCAUAGACCUCAUCGAUUUCAAUCUCUCCUCCAGUUAUUUCGUAUUUCGCGGAGCAUAUUACAGGCAGAAAUCGGGAACAGCAAUGGGUAAUCCAUUAUCCCCUGCCUUAGCGGAUCUAGUAAUGGAAACAUUACUAGAUGACGUGUUGAAGACGAUCAAUAUACCUAUCCCCUUUUUAAAGAAAUAUGUGGAUGAUUUGAUCACCGCUCUCCCAGCUAAUGAAAUUGAUCAUGUGAAGAGUGCGCUGAAUGCCUAUAAUCCACAUAUCCAGUUUACAUGUGAGAUUGAGAGCAACAACCGUUUGCCUUAUUUGGACAUGGUUCUGAUAAGAACUGACGAGCAGAGGAUUCUCACCGACUGGUACAAAAAGCCGGUGGCAUCUGGCCGAAUUUUAAAUUUUCUCUCUCUCCAUCCGCUCACGCAAAAGCUUAAUACAGCCAUGGGGUUCAUUGCAAGGGUAUUUCGACUAUCAACGUACAAAACAGAAAACCAGAAAAAGCUAACGGUACGAGAAUACUUGCGCAAUAACAAUUAUCCCAGCACCCUGGUAAAUCGACUGAUCAAUCGAUUUGUCAACCAAAAUCCCAGCACAGUAAAUGAUCGCCCUCCCGAGAGCGAACAAAAGGUAUAUCGAUCGCUCCACCACGUAGAUGCUCUCACACCCGCCCUUGCCAGGAUCGUUCAGAGGAAUCACAAAAAUAACGUAGGUGGCGUGAAUUCCCGCGCUAGCGCAUACCAGCUGGCUUGCUCCGAUCACUGCUACGACAUAAUCGCACUCACUGAAACAUGGCUCAACGAACAAACUUCAUCAAAUCAGGUGAUCGGCCCAGGUUACGAAGUUCUGCGAUGCGAUCGAGGUCCACACAACAGCCGUAAAACUUCAGGCGGAGAUGUUUUACUAGCAGUGCGUGUUGGGUUCAAAGUUCAACACAUCACGAACGAUGAAUGA